CUAGAGCCUUUCCCGGUCAAUGACAAGGUCCAGGUGACGCCAGCCAUUUCUCCUCCAACUGGAAAACCAGUCCCAAUUCUUGAUUUCUUUCAAGGAGCAAGGGCGCAGCAGCCUCCGGUUCCGUCGCCCAACAUGUACUCCUCCGUCGUCCGUUUCCAAAACGCAUUCAGCUUCUUCACCACCGUCGCCUUCGUCGUUGCCGCCUUGAUCGCAUCUACAGACCUGCUCACACCGCGCACUCCAAGCGUGGGCGUUCUCAAACCCACCAAUGUCCAAGUCGUCCGCGGCCGCCCGCAUUACUACUCGUCCAAAAAGGAAGAGUACGCCAUAAUCAAAUUCUCGCUCGACGCCGACCUCUCGUCACUCUUCACCUGGAACACGAAGCAGCUCUUCGUCUACGUGACGGCCGAGUGGCCGUCGGCGGGCGGCUCCGGGUCGGGCCAGAACGCGAGCAACCAGGCCGUCAUCUGGGACAGCAUCAUCACGUCGCCGAGCGCGGACCACCUGGCCAACCUGGGGCCGAUCGCCCUGAAGAAGCUGAAGCGCAGCGCCCAGGGCAAGAGCAUCGAUCCCAGCCGCGGGAAACUUUCCAUCAAGAACCAGCGUCCCAAGUACCAAAUCACACACCCCUCGGGCAAGGUGGCGGAACAGGAGGAUGUGGUAUUGAGGCUGCACUAUAACGUGCAGCCGUGGGUGGGCUUCUUGACGUGGAACCAGGACGUGGAUUUCUGGAGGUGGAAGACGCUGAGGAAUAACUUAAGCAAGAAGUUUACGUUGCCUUCAAUCAAGAAGAAGGACGAGACCAAGAAGGCGGGGGCGUAGAGUCGGCCGGUUCCACGCACGUAGACGCAAUUGGAGCAUGAACUUCUCGAGUCUUUUGAUUGUCUUCCUGCUUGAGAUAUUCCCAAGCCAUCCACUACGCAUAGCUACAUGCAAUAUGAAUAAGGUGUCGCCUUGGGGGGUAUCAUGGGUUUUCUCGCCAUUCUCCUAGCUGGAAGCUAUAGAUCAAGUACAUCU